AUGGCUGUAUUAAUUGAAACGACACUCGGCGAUCUCGUUGUGGAUUUAUUCGUAAAAGAACGGCCGAGAUGUAGUAUGAAUUUUGUGAAGUUGUGCAAAUUGAAAUAUUAUAAUUUAUGUCAAUUCCACACGAUUGAGGUUAGUUUUGGUGAUCGUUGUUGUGUUCAGUCUCUUUGUUCGAUUUUUAAUUUAUUUCAUUCCAGCAAAAUUAUGUCGCACAAACUGGUGAUCCGACUGGAAGUGGUACGGGUGGCGAGUCAAUUUUCGCGUAAGAUUCUGCAUUUCAGGUUGAUGUACGGUGAUCAGGCGAAAUAUUUCGAGCCUGAAUCGGUGCCGAAAAUGAGGCAUACACGAAUGGGUAUUGUCUCAAUGGUCAACAACGGUUCGGGCAUGCUGGGUAGUCAGUUCUUCAUAACUCUUGGUGAUAAUCUGGACUAUCUGGAUGAUAAGCAUACAAUAUUCGGUCAGGUCACCGAAGGAUUGGAAACAUUGCAAAAACUGAACGAUCAAAUUUGUGAUGAACAUAAUAAACCUUACAAAGAUAUAAGGAUAUCGCAUACAAUAGUAUUGGACGAUCCAUAUGAAGACCCACCGCAAUUGUUAAAUAAAUAUCCAUCAAGGUCUCCAUCGCCUACACUCGAUCUCAUCACCGCAUCGCAAAUAGCGCUGGACGAACGGCUGAAUGAGGAUGAAGGCAAGACUGAAGAGGAGAUCCGCAAGGAAAUGGAAGCGAAAGAUAUGGCUGCUCAGGCACAAAUUCUUGAAAUGGUUGGUGAUUUGCGCUACGCGGACGAGAGACCACCAGAGAAUGUGUUGUUCAUUUGUAAAUUGAAUCCAGUUACAACUGAUGAGGAUCUAGAGAUAAUCUUUUCGCGUUUUGGUGCGAUUAAAUGCUGCGAAGUGAUACGGGACCGUCGGACGGGUGCUUCAUUGCAGUAUGCUUUCAUCGAGUUUGAAGAGGAGAAAAGUUGUGAGAAUGCGUACUUCAAAAUGGACAAUGUUCUGAUAGACGAUCGACGUAUACAUGUAGACUUUUCACAGUCCGUUGCGAAAAAUUACAAAUGGCAUCGGAAAGAAACUGGUAGCGGAGAAUUGAAUCUCAAAGAGUCACCGGGCUCGGCAACAUUGGAACAGUGCAAUUCCGAAGUUGAAGAGCCGAUGGCUCGAUUAUCAGAAAUCGCGUCUCUGGUUUGA